AUGUCUUCCACAUCAUCACUAAGAUACCUCACCAUGGAGGAGCUCAACAAGACUGCACUGGAACAGUUUGUCUACCAGCCUGUGAGCCGUGACAUGAUCACCUACCUCGCCCAAGCCGCCCACAACGUCAUCGCUUGCGACUCGACUCUUAUGCCUCCGGCCCCUGCGGAACCUCGUCACAACCUCCCGACGCCUCCCCGGAGUCCCGAGCCCCGAACUGUCCGAUCCGAAGACGGAGCUCUUCCUACCCUUGAGGAGUUCAUCACACAACUCGUCGUCUCCUCUAACGUUCAGGUCCCUACUCUUAUGUCCACUCUCGUCUACCUCUGCCGCCUCAAGUCAAAGCUUCAGCCUAUGGCUCGCGGUCUUCGAUGCACCGCCCACCGCAUCUUUCUCGCCGCUCUUAUCCUUUCCGCCAAGUACCUCAACGACAGCUCACCAAAGAACAAGCACUGGGCCAACUACAGUCACAUCACGACCGAGUGCUACAACUUUGGCUUCAGCCGCACAGAGGUCAACCUGAUGGAGAAGCAGCUCCUCUUCCUCCUCGACUGGGACCUUCGCAUCACUGAGCAGGAUCUUUACCGGGAUCUCGACGACUUCCUUGAGCCCCUCCGCCACAAGAUUGCCGAGCGACAUGCCAGGAAGAUCCGACAUCGCGAGGAGAGGCGACAACAGAAGGAGGCCGACAACGCCUCAGCUCGAUAUUACAGCCCUGCCUCUUCCCGCGGCCAAUCCCGAUCUCGAGGAUCAACACCCGAGCAUGUCCGAAACCUGUCUGCUACUAGUACCCCUCCUGGCCUUAGCCACAGCAGCUCUUCUAGCUCUUAUGCCUCCUCUGUCUCUUCUGGUCGCGCUUACUCGCAAGCUUCUACUCCUCCAGAGCUUUCCUCCCACGAACCUUACUACUACGAAUCGCAACAGGGCAGCCUCUACGACUCACCUGUUCAGCUUGUCCUCGAUAACGACUACGCCAAGGCUCACAUCCCCAGUGGUCGCAUGCUUCCUUACGAGAUCACCGCCGAUGAGUACCAGCACUACCAGCAACUCCACGAGACUUCGUCCAAGAAGCAGCAGCAACAGCAGCAGCAGCAGCGUUCAAGACGUGGUAUGUGGGGUCGCUUCCUUGGUGGUAGCGUCGCCGCGCGAUGA